GGAGAGUUAGCCGUUAGCACGGAACGCUAACAGCCGGAGAGUGUAAUGGCGGCCUCGGUGUUGUUGGGGUCUGCGGACAACACCGGAAUUACCUUUACGGUGGGAGGCGGCAGCAGCGGGAAUGUUUUGAAUAAUCAUGGACUAGGGCCAGCGGGGCCGGCACCCUGGAACCGCUCCUUGGACCGGGCACUGGACGAAGCCUCGGCUACAGGGUUUCUGAACCUCAGCGGCAGGAAGCUGAAGGAGUUCCCCCGGAGCGCCGCCAACCACGACCUGACGGACACCACCAGGGCCGAUCUCUCCCGUAACCGUCUGCCUGAGCUUCCUGCGGACGUUUGUCUCUUUGUGUCUCUGGAGAGUCUGAACCUGUAUCAGAACUGUCUGAGGUCACUGCCAGAGAGUCUGCUGAACCUGCAGAGUCUGACCUACCUGAACCUCAGUCGGAACCAGCUUUCUGUCCUGCCUGUUGUCCUCUGCAGUCUUCCUCUGAAGGUUUUGAUCGCCUGCAACAACAAACUGGUUUCUCUCCCAGAAGAAGUGGGACAGCUGAGAAACCUUACUGAGCUGGACGUGAGCUGUAAUGAGCUCCAGACGUUACCAUCUCAGGUGGGUCAGCUGGAGGCUCUGAGGGACCUGAACAUUAGAAGAAACCACCUGGUCACACUGCCACCAGAGCUUGCUGACCUCCCUCUGGUGCGUCUUGACUUCUCCUGUAAUAAAGUGACCUCCAUUCCCGUCUGUUACCGAAGACUCACACAGCUCCACACGAUCGUUCUCGACAACAACCCUCUGCAGACACCACCUGCACAGAUCUGUAUUAAAGGAAAAGUCCACAUAUUUAAGUAUCUGAACCUGGAGGCCAGUAAAACGACCCCUGACCUCCCAGACUACGACAGACGACCUCUGCCCUUCAGCUCCUGUGUUGACGAACUGUAUCCUGGACGUCCAUACGGGGCACUGGAUUCAGGCUUCAACAGUGUCGACAGUGGAGACAAGAGGUGGUCGGGGAAUGAGCCCACAGAGGAGCUGUUGGAGCUGCCACAGAGAGUAGCGGAAAUCAGCAGAGAGCAGAGACAGAGAGCAACAGGAGGCGGUGCUUCGCUGCUGUCCAAUGGAACAUAUGUGGAGCUGGAGCAGAUCGACUUCAUCGACAGCUGUGUAGAGGAGGAGGAGGAGGGGGGGAGGAGUCAGCGAGGAGGAGGAGGCGGCGGUGGUGGCGGCGGCGGCAGUGACAGUACCAGCCUAAGUUCUCAGUUCAUGGCUUACAUCGAGAGACGAAUCACCAGAGAGGGUUCACCAGUCAAAACCAAUGCGUCCAGGACGGAGGACACAAGAAGGCAAAACAGAAGUCUGGUCGAUGGCGUCACUGUGCCCUCCACCUCUCAAAACCAGAGAGGACUAGGACCAGGGGGUGUGGAGAGGAUGAGGAGGGAGGCUCAGCUUGCCGCUAUCAGGUACGACGAGGAGAGACAGAAGACCCGAUCUGUUCCCAGUAACACCAAGCAUAAAGCAGCUCAGAGUCCAACAAAGUCCAUUCCAGACAGUGAGACCCUCUACCCCUCCAGACGCUCCACCCACACAGAUGACUCCGCCCUCUUCAUGUGUGUGACUGCAGCGUCUGUGGACUCUUGCUCCUAUGAUGCUGAUAGCUCCUCCACCUCACUGCUGCAGGGUGAGGACAGAGCAACCCUGUCUUCUACAGCCAAUCAGUCGCCUUCUUACCCCAGCUCAGUGGGCGGGUCCUCCUGCCGGACAGCCAAUCUAAGACCAGAGAGCUUCCUGUUUCGUCUCGGCCAGAAAGAAGAGAAGAGAAAAGGAGAUGCUGGUGCCGCUUCACCAGCCAACCCUCAGAACCAGGAGGAGCCGCCUGCCGCACCUGUUUUGGUUGGUGAAGAUGCUGAGCUGGUGGAGCAGCUCAGGAAGAACAUCGAGGCUCGUCUCAAAGUGUCGUUGCCAAGUGACCUGGGUGCUGCUCUGACAGACGGGGUGGUGCUGUGUCACCUGGCCAAUCAUGUGAGACCACGGUCUGUCCCCAGCAUCCAUGUCCCCUCCCCUGCUGUGCCUAAACUCACCAUGGCCAAAUGUCGGCGGAAUGUAGAGAACUUCCUGGAGGCAUGUCGCAGGAUCGGAGUCCCACAGACUCAGUUGUGUCUUCCUCUACACAUUCUGGAAGAACAAGGGCUCCCCCAGGUGGCUGGGACUGUCAGGGCUCUGCUUGAACUUGCACCACCCCGACAUCCUGUCACCACAACAACUACAACAUCAUGAAUUACACCUGGAACGUCUGUCACCGUGUAGACAACGCUACAUCACCAUCACAAUCAUCACAGCCCAGGCUUAGUCAACCUCAGGAAACUAUGACCGUGAGAAGCUGUGUCUGAUGGAGACUUGAACAGAGCUGAACGACUGCAACAAAGGUUUUAAGAGAAAAAAAACUGAGUUUGGAAUGAGUUACAGUCGAAGACUAAAAUGACAACAGGAGAAACCUGGCAACAUAUUAAUGUGUUCAUAAAACCAUGGCAGCUGCCAUGGACCACAUUUUUUUACACAAUUUGUUUUAAAUUGAAUGUUUACACAGAUGAUUAUUUAAUGCUAACUGGGUUAAAAUGAAUCAUUCACUUGUAAUAUACUAUUUUCCAGUUGUACUCGUAGGUCGUUAUGUCCUAAAAAGAUCCCCUAGGUUCACAGUUCAAGGCUUCUUCUGGCAUCAGUAGCGCAAAAGCUGAAUUUUUUACAGUUUUUUUUAUUAUUAUGGACUUGUUAAUCUUGCCAGAGAGUACUGCAAUACUUGCAUGAACUACUAAAUAAACUGACUUAAGUUCUGUGGAAACAGGAAAGCACCAAAUUUAGGAUUGAUAUUCCCAGUUCCGACUUUAAAAUAAUUCGUUAAGAACGCACUUUAAAACCACACUUUCUUUUUUUUUUUAAUAUUUGCUCUUAUGUGAUUAGCUGAGCUACCACCAGUAUAGAUCAUCUCUAUCAGACUUUCAUGACCAUGUUAUUUAACAUUUAUAUUCAUGGUUCCGUAAAAAGUGUAAUGGUUAUAACAUAAAGAAGCUAAGACGCUAAGAAGUUAUUUGUUUUUAAAAAAAAAUAAAUAAAAACCACCAGACUCUUAAAACUAGUUUGCACAUUAAGCUAAUGUUUCUUAUUGAUAACGGUCCCCGAUUUAGCUGUUUAUUUAAAAAUAAACACUACUAUAGCUUGCUGCUAAUCUUAGCCAACACUGUUGUAGUUGGUUUGAAAUGGGCACUGACACUGCUAAAUAAUAUGUAUCUGCCCAUAUUUAGCUAACACAGCUAAGUAACAUUUAUUUACUGUUAUUUAGCUGUGCUGCUAAGUAACGUUUCUCUACUUUUAUUUGGCGAACAUGGCUAAAUGACUCAAUAACACUAACAUCUACUGUUUUAGGGCUCCGAAAGCAUUAGCAAAUUAUCUUACAAGAAUAAAUGCUAAAAAAUAGUUGGUAUAACGCAGUAGUUAUUUACAAAUGCUGGUGGUUGAGAGGUUACUCUAAUGUACAGGUGUGAAAAUGUGUUUGUCAAAUUAAAGGUGGCUGUAGCAUUUGCAAUUAGCCAACAUUAAAGUAAUUAACAGAGGUGUGAAGCAAGCCAAAGUUAGCAACCAUUUGUAAUCUUCAGCUCUGUUUUCGGUCUCCAUCAGUAGAAGGUUGAUCUGAUGACGACCUCAUCCUCUCCGUUUGUUGUUGUUUACCUGGUACAGCUGUGAUGCAGGUAAACAGGUGUUUGCAGCUCGGUGAGUCUGUUGCCUCCUGAUUGAUCAGCCACAAAUGAUCAAAAUAUUUAUUGAAUAUUGAUCAGCUCCAGCUCAGGUAGUUCACAAUGUGGCCAAAGUAUGCGGACAGCCCAGUUUAUGUAUGUUAUUAAUAAUAAUAAUAAUAAUAAAAAAAAACAUUUUAUUUAUAAACAUGAAAUACAACGUUCUAGAAUGAAGAGGAAAAUAUGCAAAAAGUAAAUAACUUAUUGUGUUUAUUUUUAAAGUUAAAAUAUUUUUUUUUAUUUUCCAGAAAGUUAUAUAAAAACUUCCUGAGCUGUGAUUGGAGGAGGUCAGUCAGGUGACAACAGCUCCACAUGUUUGUGUUGCAUGCUGGGACGUUUUCACUAUGAUCAUGUGACUUGACACUAACACACUGUGGACUGUGCAGUCUGCAGUCACAAAUAUAUUCUGUAAAUAUACUCAUACAUACAUUUAUAUAUGUGUGUGUGUUGACAUGACAACACACAUCAAGAACAUGGACACAGAUGCAGUUGUUUUUUUCAAAAGACUGAGGACUUUCUCCUUUGGUUCAAACGGUCAACUGCGACCUAACCUCCAGUGAUGUCAUCACAUACCAGGGUUCACCUGAGGUCAAGAUGGAGUCAUGUGACCAAUGUUACCUUUUGGCGUCCAUACAUCCCUUGCUGCACUUGGGUGCUGAAAGUUUUCCCUCUGGAAUAGAAAAACUUUGUUCUGGUUUCACCUGAAUGCAGUCACACCCAUCAGUCUUCAGCCUCCAACACUAAGCCAUGCCAAGGACUGAACAGUGGUUGUGAUUGAUUGGUGUGCUGUCCAAUCUGGUGUCUCUGUGUCUUGAGUGGACAGAUGGCUCAGCUCAGACUUUUUGGUUCCUGUUUGUACAGUUUCAUAUGUUAUUUCUCCCCAGUUGGCAUGUAUCUCCUGCAGUGGUGACAGGUUAUGUGGGAGCGUGCUGUUGUGCUUUUAAAAAGGACAUUCCACCGUUUUUGGAAGGAGGACACCCAUUUGUAUUUUUGCCUACAAACUGUAUAAAGAUUUGAACAUUUGAACACAGUCGUAUGAAGAGUUGACUUUAAGUGCUUUAAAUAAAUAUUUUAAUUUGA